GCCUGGAGCGGCUUUUGGACUCGAUGCUGAGCUUCGCCGGAACACCCAAAGAGGAGAUCUUCGGCUACGACGCCCUGCCUGCGGCAGAGCAGGUUGAUGCUGUGCUGGCCGCCGUACUCGAGAAAAGCGGGCGCGGGCCGGGCCGGGCAUUGCUGGCGCGACUCAGGAGCCUGGAUGCAAAGCAGAAGGCCGUGCAGGCUCCUGCGACUUCUGGGAGUUGUGGCGUGUGUGGCCGCCCAGCCACCACAAGGUGUGGCCGAUGUCGUGAGCUUCUGCUAUGUGGAAGCGAAU